AUGUCUCCCUGCUGGAGCGAUGAAGAGAGCUCGGAUGAUACCUCGUCAGAUGAGUCGCCGUCGGCUGGGAUGGAUGUGGACACGACCACAGCUCCACUUGGGACUUCAGGCGCAGCUGUCGGUGCCAUAACAGACGUUGACAAUACCUCCGCGGUGGCUGGUCAAGAAGGACUAGGUGACAUCAAUGUGAAGGACGAACUCAUGAAAGCGUUCAACGCCUCCAAGAAGACGUUCAAAGGGACGUAUGCCACGCUCCAAAAGUAUGAAACCAUGCCCAAUCCUCUGCUCGACAUCGACGGCCUAGGCGUCUUCGGCAUGCCUCUUUCAGCCGCGGAGUCUCAGAGGUUACGCUCGCGCUGCAAUCCUGCAGCCUUCGGGAAGGGCGAACGCACAGUAUUGGAUCCCAGUGUCCGUGAUACAUUUGAGCUCGACGCUUCUUGCGUUCGUUUUUUGAACCCGGCCUGGGAAGUGUGGUUACGGGAGGCUAUGCAGAGUGCGUGCAACGAGCUGGGGCUCGCAGGACGAAGUCCUCGACAUGAGCUCUAUAAGUUGUUGGUAUACGAGGUUGGAUCCCACUUCCAUCUUCAUCAAGACACCGAGAAGGCACCCGGCAUGUUCGCUACGGUUGUCAUCGUCCUUCCUUCUCAACAUGAAGGCGGCUCCGUUCAUGUCCAGCACGGACGCCAGCGCAAGACCCUACAGUCUAGUGGGCAAGGUCUUCUUACGACGACAGUCAUGGCUUGGUAUACAGACGUCUUCCACGAAGUCAAGCCUGUGACUGGCGGGUAUCGUGUGGCUCUCACGUACAACCUCAUGCACGACCCCUCUAUGCCGGACAUCCCUCGCGCUCCUGCUGACGACGGCGUCUUCGACCAGAUACAAGAAGCCUUACAAUUGUGGCACGUCAAAGAACUCCUGGGACAGAAGCGCCCUAAGCGCCUCAUCCAUGCUCUAUCCCAUCACUACUCGGAGGUGAACCUAAGCUUCUCGCAUCUCAAGGGGCCGGAUGCCACGCUGGUCUCGCUGCUUCGCGACGCAGCAAGCAUGCAUGGCUUCUAUGUGGCUCUCGGACACCUUAGCUAUACAGAAAAAGGCUACGGCAACGACAAUGGUCCGCCUAGUGACUCGGAGGAGGAAGAAGAGGACCCUGGCAUGUGCGAGGUCACUAAGACAAGGCUCACUCUACAACUCAAGUCGGGCUUCAACGGAGCCGACAUCGGUCGUGAUAAGAAGAUCUCUAACAAGUCCAAGAAGAACGAUGAUCUUAUGAUGGACGAUGAAUACUGGGAUAGGCAGGAACCCGACGACACAGAGUAUGAGGGAUAUAUGGGCAACGGUGCCGGCAGCCUGGAGUACUUCUAUCACCGUACUGUUGUGGCUAUCUGGCCACUUUCGCAUAAUGCGUCCCUCAUAUCUUCGGCCGGUGGCCGCGAUUUCAUAAUAAGCGAACUAGAGCACUGCACUUCGACAGAGCCUAGUCCUGUCGAGCUGUCUUACAUCCCAAUUGCGCUGACUGCGGGCACUUCCGAUGUAUCUUGUCUUAUCGCGGGUCUGGCGAUCCGCUGGAAAGACCGCCAGAUGUGGCUCAACGCUCUCAAGGCUUGUAAAGGUGACAGGAACAUCGCAGUUCUGGGGACGUCGCGUGUUCUCACGGCUCUCGAGGUUUUCGGAUUCGCGGGAAUACAGGAAGCACUGGACCUGGUUGUGUCGAAUACGAUGUCAACGAAGAGUCGCCUAGACUUCGUGAACGCUCUGGAGAAAGACAACGUACAUCGAUCCGACGUAGCGAGGAUACCUGCGAAAUGGUUCGAUGACAAAAGGCGCUACAUACUUGCUUCGUUACGAUAUCCUCAGGAUGAGGAUGUAGCUGCCAUGGUGAACACGGUGGUGGCGUUCCCAGACGGGAUAGCAAUACUCCGCGAUACACUCUUGCCGCAGUUGGUAGCCUUGCAUCUCUUGUAUGACUGGUGGUUCGAGUUCGUGAGCCAACUGCAAGCAUGGGUGGAAAGCCAAGGGACGUUCUCUGGGUGGAAGGGACCUGUGUUCAAUGCAGCGAAAACAACCUUCUCGCAAGCGGUGCAACACGCCCCCUCUAAUCAGGCGCGAUUCAAGUUACUCGCUGAUCUGGAAGGCUUGUGGGUGUCGUACGAAGACGCCCAGACCUGGGUUCUCGAGACCCGAAAGUCGGCCGUGCAUGACCUAUGCCAGCCCGCUCCCGGCGAUGCUGCAUUGCUGAUGACCUUUGUACGCACGGAGCCUCACUAUCUGGAGACUGUCUUGAUACCGACUCUGGCACGGAUGCAGUACGUCGAGGAGUUCUGGCUUGAUCUACUAGAACAGUUGCGGUCGUACUCCGAGGAGGCAAAUCAACUCUUACCUUCUCAAUGGGAUCAACAGGUAUCAGAUCUGCUGCGCAUCCCUCUCUCGCGCGCGCGAGCGAAGACUACGAGUAAUAGUGAAGCAUUCCGUCUCAUUGAACGUUUCUACGCUAUCUGUGACAGUCUCGAUCCGAUGAUUGUUAUGCUCUGCGAACAGAAACGGGACGUUCUACGCUCGAUGAAGCGCCCCAAAGAAGAUGACAUUCCUUUGCUCCUCGAUGUACUCAAACUCGAUCAGGAGUUCGCCCUAUCACAGUUCUCGUCACGGCUUGGUGCAUUCCGCCUGGAUCUUGCGCUUUGGAGCGGAUUCGUACAUGGGGUUCGUGCCCGUGCGGCAGACUGGACCCAGUCUUCGUGGACCCAGGAGCAGAUUCAACGACUUCUCACCUUGCUCGUGACCGAGGCCGUCUCCACUAUCCCACUCCCCAUCGCCAAUGCGCUUACGACUGGUGUCGCCCAGCCGGUGAAAAGCCUCUUCACGGUAACCGUCCAGGCGCUACUCACGCUUUGCGCUGAGACGGACAAUAUUGCAGUGUGCUCUUCAGUCUUCCGGAAAGUUUUUGCGGCAUCCUCUUCAGCGGACACUGUCAAGUCUCACAUCUUACCCCUCGUUCCUGUCGUCAUCGCGUUCGCGAAGGGAAGAGGCCUCACCAUCGAACAGAAUCCAUUCGACAAGUUCUUCCGCGAGACUAUCCGACUCUACGUGACUCUCAUUCUAGGGAAAAGGCCCAGCCCGGCAGACAGCGAGCGGUGGCGGAAGUCGCUUUGCUCGACAUGCUUGUGUUACGACUGUAAAGCUGUCAAUGCUCUCAUCGUAUCUCCGCAACAGGAGAUCAUGUGGGCCUCUGGACAAAAACGUCGCAAACACGUCGAGCGCGAAAUCAACACCAAGAAGGGCUUGAAAAUCAGCACAAGUUCUGGGGGUUACCCUCACAAGCUCGUGGUAACGAAACUCGUCCAUGAAUACGACCCCGUCUCCCUCUGGACCGAGAAAGCCAAGGCUGGUGCCGCAUUUCUAAAGACCUUUGGAGAAGACGACAUUCUCCAGCGGCUGUAUGCUUCUGCGCCUGGCCGACUGUCUAUAUUGAUGGAUUGUCUUCGAGGCAACGCUUCGCCAUCAUCCCUCGGAGGCUCUGAAUACGCAGAGCAGGCAACGAUUACGUCCGUUCUUGCAACACCUCUCACCGCUACAGACUCGGCGCCGGCGGGCACAUCGUCUGUCCCACGUAAACGACCUCCGCCUUUGCCCAACCCGGAGGACGUCAUCGAGAUCUCGGACUGA